GCUCAUAAGUGCGCGUGUGUUUUGUGCUUGUGUGUGGGUGUAGGUGCGUUCGCGUGCGUGCGUGCGUACGUACGUUCGUUCGUUCGUCGUGCGUGCGUACGUGUAUAUGUGUGUGUGUGUCCCCGUUCGUCGUUCUCGGUGGUGACGAGGACAAGGUGGAGCACGACGAGAACGGCGGUGGGCAAGGUGGAACGUGAAAAAAGGAAGACGGAAAAGAACCUAGGGAUAAACGUGACAGUAAUAAAAGUGACUAAGAGGAAAAAUAAUAGAAAUAUAAUAGCUGCUGCCAAUGGUGGAUCCCUUUUCCCCCUACUACUACAACAAGAAGCUUUUCGCGAGUUUCACGCGCCCCCUGACACCUUCGGUCUUCCUUCUUUCUCUCACUCUCUUUCUUUCUCUCUCUCUCUCGUUUUUUUUCCCUCCUUUCGGUUUUGCCUUCCGCUCUCUUUCUCUUCUCUCUCAGUUACCGACCGUACCGCGACCCUCGAUGACCCUGCAACCGUGCGCCGAGGAAUCGAACGGCGAGCCAGAAAACAACUAAUAGCGCUGCGAUAUAUCCUUUCGUAAAUCGGGAUACGAGUGUGUAAAGGCACGCUGGGGGAGAAAGAGGGAGAUAAGAAGAACGAGGAGAUAGAGAAGGAAAAAAGAAAGAAAGAAAGAAAGAAAGAAAGAGAGAGAGAGAAAGAAAGAGAGACGUAGAAGAAGAGGAAACGAGUGAGAGAUCCUCUUCGCCAUAUUACUAUAUAUAGAAAGAGAGAAAACGUGGCGGAUUCGGCGAUCACUUGGCUGUGACAACGUGCACAGAUACAUAGAUAGAGCAAGGAAAUGCGUGAAUAUAAAAUAGUAGUAUUGGGCAGUGGAGGUGUAGGCAAGUCCGCCCUCACUGUCCAAUUUGUCCAAGGAAUUUUUGUUGAGAAGUACGAUCCUACGAUCGAGGAUAGCUACCGUAAACAAGUCGAGGUCGACGGUCAACAAUGUAUGUUAGAAAUUCUAGACACAGCUGGAACGGAACAAUUUACAGCCAUGAGGGAUUUAUACAUGAAAAACGGACAAGGAUUCGUUUUGGUAUACUCGAUAACGGCACAAUCGACGUUCAACGAUUUGCAAGAUCUGAGGGAGCAGAUCCUGCGAGUAAAGGACACAGAUGAUGUGCCAAUGGUGCUUGUGGGUAAUAAAUGUGAUUUGGAGGAUGAAAGAGUAGUUGGCAAAGACCAGGGCGUCAACCUUGCCCGGCAAUUUAAUUGUGCGUUCAUGGAGACCUCCGCCAAAGCCAAGAUUAAUGUGAACGAUAUCUUCUACGAUCUAGUUCGACAAAUCAAUAAAAAAUCACCAGAAAAGAAGAUGAAGCAAAAGAAGAAAUCGCUGUGCCUACUUCUGUAAGAUUUUUAUAUGGCAGUGUCCAUAUUUCUUCUGCAUUGAAAUAUACCAGUGGAAGAUGAAAGAGGAACUGGCGGUUAUAAAAAUACUAGUGACAAGAAGGGGGCUGAUAAGAUGAUAAAAUAAUAGCAGAGGAACUAAAUAAAAGGAGAUAU